AUGUCGGAUGCGGCCAGUGUCUCUGGUGCCUUGCCCAACUCUAGCGCUAGGCGGAUCUUGCAUCUUAUGAAGACCUUGUGUGGCCGCAUGUCAGGUACGCUUUGGUUCCGUCGUGGUACUACAGCGACGUGGCUCCAGUCAUACUGUUAUAUCCAGGAGGACACGGGCAGUCUGCUCUGUGAGGCCGACGUCAACUCUCCUCACCAACGCACCCUCAUACCCGAUCUACGUGGCUGUCAAGUCCGCACCGCCAUGGAUGAAGAUACCCAGAUGCCCUAUCUUGACAUCUCGGUACCAAACUCGACCUUGCAGCUGCAUAUUCGCCUGAAAGAUCGUAAAGACUUCGACUCUUGGUUCGCUGCUCUCCUCUGUUGGCAGCCAAUUCGUCCCAGAGGUCUGAACAACAAGAUGACCAAACCGCAAUCUCCUGUCGUACAAGGCAUCACCUUGACUGACAGCAGGCGCAACUCGGAGAUGUCUCUGACACUAAAAGAGGCUCCCAUCAUCAAGGUCGGUCCCAUGAUUUAUUGGGACAGUAACAUCUCAUAUACGAACGCCGGAACACCAAGAUCACUGAAACCUUCACCCUCGCGUUUCCAGAGCUACGGCUCGCAUUGGUGGAGGCGCGUGUCCUGCACUUUGCGUGAGAACGGCGAGCUCAAACUAUACGCAGAGUCUGGCUCGACCCUUCUUUCAGUCGUUCAACUAUCCCAACUAUCUCGAAGCGCCGUUCAAAGACUGGAUCCUUCUGUUUUGGACAACGACUUUUGCAUAGCCAUAUAUCCUCAGUACACAUCUGGAGCCACUGUCACGACUGCUAUCCGACCGAUAUAUUUAUCCAUGGAAACUCGUAUCCUCUAUGAAGUCUGGUUUGUUCUGCUCAGAGCUUUCACAAUACCUCAGCUCUAUGGACCCAAACCCAACGGUCAUCCAGAUGAGUCUGCUAUUAUUCCAGACACUCCCUCAUCUACCGCUUUCGAUAACAUGAUGGCCAAUGAGAAGAUCGAAAUGUUUCGCAUGGAACGUGCUCUGUCAAUUCGUGUCAUAGAGGCCAAGCUGCCUCACGCUCCUUUGAGUUCGCUGGCCGAGUUUAACCAUCACCACUCGAAUCGCCAUAAUAACAAUAACAACAACAAUGCUGCGAACAAGCCAGAGCUCUCUGACGGGUACUAUGUCGAGAUUCAUCUCGACGGUGAAACCCGAGGCAAGACACAAAUUAAACAUGAGUCAAUGGCGCCCUUCUGGCGCGAGGAGUUUGACUACUUAGAUCUGCCCGCCGUCCUUACCUCAGCCUCUGUCCUUUUGAAGCGUCGCCCACCCGAUCUUUCGAGCCCUCGCGAACAACACGAACUUCGUCUUGUACAUGAAGCUUACGGUCUGCUUGAUCCCUCGCACACGACUGGUGGCUCUGCCGGAUUUAUGCCUGUACAAAACGAUCAGCAGCUCGGCAAGGUCGAAAUCUAUCUUGAGGAAUUGGAAGCGAGCAAGGAAGUUGAGAAGUGGUGGCCCGUCAUGAAUCAGCAUGGUGAGAACGUUGGCGAGAUUUUGAUCAAGGCUCGUGCCGAAGAAAAUGUUAUUCUCAUGGCAAAGGAUUACAAGCCGUUGAACGAUCUGUUGCACAACUUCUCGAACGAGCUCACAUUACAGGUCGCUCAGAUGAUUCCUACAGAGCUGAGACGGCUGUCAGAUCUGCUGUUGAACAUCUUCCAAGUAUCUGGUCAGGUCACUGAGUGGAUCAUGGCUCUGGUUGAGGAAGAGAUUGACGGUGUACACAAAGAGACUCCAGUAUCUCGCAUGAGGUACACCCGUCGCAUGGCAAACAGCAACAAUGAAUCAGACGCAAAUGUUACUGCUGCAAGCGAGAGAGAAUUGAUGGUUCGCGAUAUGAACAAGAACGCAACACUUGAAGCGAACUUGCUCUUCCGAGGAAACACACUCCUCACCAAGUCUCUGGACUCUCACAUGCGUAGAGUGGGCAAAGAAUAUCUCCUCGACUGCCUUGGACCCAUCAUCAGAGACAUCAACGAGAAGGACCCCGAUUGUGAAGUCGACCCUAAUCGUGUAGCCAAUCAGCAUGACUUAAAGAAGAAUUGGGACAGACUCAUAAACUGCACCAAAUCAGUCUGGAACACAAUCAAAGUUAGUGCCAGGAACGCGCCUUCGGAAUUGAGAGUCAUCUUCAGACACAUCAGAGCUUGUGCCGAGGACAGGUACGGCGACUUUUUGAGAAGCGUCAGCUACAGCAGUGUCUCUGGUUUCCUGUUUUUGCGCUUCUUCUGCCCAGCAGUGCUCAAUCCCAAGCUCUUCGGCCUUCUGAAGGACGAUCCAAAGCCUCGCGCACGACGAACAUUCACUUUGAUCGCCAAGUCUCUACAAGGUCUUGCCAAUAUGGCCUCGUUCGGCAGCAAAGAACAUUGGAUGGAACCGAUGAAUGUCUUCCUCACUGAUCAUAGGGAGGCUUUCAAGACUUUCAUUAACGACAUUUGUUCGAUCUCUGCUCCCGAUGGCAUGAUCAAUCAGAAGCCUCCUUCAUACUCGACUCCUUUGGCCAUCCAAUCACGAUUGCCUAUGACUAGUCGUGAAGGUUUCCCCAGUUUACCUUAUCUCAUUGACCAGAGUCGCGAGAUCGCAAGCUUGGUCGAGCUCUGGCUGCACGGCACGACAAACGGCAGCGAAGCAGAGUUGCUAGCAGCUCAAAUUGGCAAGGAAGAUGGCGACCUGUUGACAUUCCACAGGCUGUGCCGAACACUCGAUGCUCAAACCAAGGAGUGUCUAUCUCGUGCCGAGCGCGCUGAGCGCCCUAACUCUGCGCUUAGCUUCCGCUGGGAAGAGCUUAUAGAUCAGUUGCAAAGCACGUCGCUCCUUGAGAAUGGUGCCCGAAUCGAUGACGCGCUGAAUGUACCGACGCGCGACUCCUUCGACGAUGUCACAAACCAAGCCUCUCAACUCGAUUCUGCGAGAGGUCGUGGGUUCAGCGUAGGAGGUGUCGGACUCGGCCGCUUCAACACUGAUACAGAAGGCCCUCCUCCACCGUCUUGGGAAGAAGAUCGUGAUGGAGGGGCACAGACAGCAGCUGGCAGUUUCGAGAUGAUGCGACCGGGGACAUCAACCGCAUCAGUCUCGGCUUCAGGUUCUUACAGCAACAAUAUUGGGGCGGCAUUCAUGCGCGAGGGUAGCGCACCGCUCCCUCGUGACCCCACCUCUGCAAGUCUCAAUCUGCAUUUCCCACAGCGAGACCGCGAGCGCAAGUCAAGGGAACGCGAACGCGAUGGCAGUGCCAAUGGUAGUGUCGUUAGCAGCGAGACUGACACAACGACCGCACUACCUAGCCUUGCACGCGAAAAGGAAAGACGAGAGCGCGAGAAAGAGAAGAAAGAAAAGGCCAAGCGCGAAGAGAGAGAACGACGACUUAAGGACUUUAUACCCGGCCUCACAGGUCUACGACGAAAGAACGAGCAGAAGGACAAGGAUAAAGACAAGGAUUGA